ACACACACACACACACACACACACACACACACACACACACACACACACACACACACACACACACACACACACACACCCUCCAGUUGCAGCCCCCGCCCCCCCUCCUCCUCCUCCAGCAGCUGCCCGUCACUACCCAGCAGUGAAAUGUGACCGGACCAGGUAGCGACAUGAACGGGCCUCAGCUCAGUGAUCUCCCGGACGACUCGGAGCAGCUGGAUCCGCAUGUGAGCGGCCUGAGGCAGAGAGCCCUGCAGAGCAGCGAGCUGUCCGCCGUCAGGAGCUUCUCCCGCGGCUUCCUCCUCAAGUUCCUGCGGGCCAGAGACUUCGACGUGGAGCGCUGUCUGAAGCUGUUACUGAACUAUCAGCGGUGGCGGAGGGAGAGUCCUGAGAUCAGCGGCUGUCUGUCUCCCUCCUCUGUGCUUGGCCUCCUCAGCACAACAUACCACGCCGUUCUUCCACAGCGGGACCAUGCAGGCAGCAGGGUGCUCAUCUACAGGAUCGGGCAGUGGAACCCCAAAGACUGGUCGGCCUUCCAGGUGUUCCAGGUCAGCCUGAUGACAUCAGAGAUCAUCUGCAUGGAGACACAGACGCAGAGGCGGGGUCUGAAGGUCAUAUUUGACCUACAGGGGUGGUGUUUAGGCCAUGCCAUGCAGAUUAACCCUUCCAUCGCCAAAAAGAUAUCCUCUGUCCUUUCGGAAUCGUUUCCGUUGAAAGUCCGAGGAAUUCAUCUGGUCAAUGAGCCAAUGUUCUUUUGGACGGUCUUUGCCCUUAUUCGUCCCUUCCUGCCAGAUAAGAUCAAACAAAGGAUCCAUAUGCAUGGUGCCAAUUUCCAUGACAGUUUAAGUGACUUCUUCUCACCGGCCGUCCUACCUCCAGAAUAUGGAGGGGAGGGGCCUGAAAUAGAGGAGGUGUGCCGAGACUGGACCAAUCAUCUGCUUCAAUCAGAGGAGCUCCUGCAGCAGAUUGCCGCCCAUCCAACGGCUGAUAUCGACAUAAAUCAAGAAGACUUGAAUGAACAAUUCUCAGAGGGAUGACAUUUGGAGUUAUGUCCUCUCGACCAUGGUUGUUGGAAGACCACUGGAAGACAUUUUUGAGGUGCUUAAGUCUCGAGUACAAACUGUGUAAUUUGUUUGCUGUGUUUAGAGAGCUGGAAAGAAGUCCAUCAGAUGGAGUUUACAUACUUUCGCAGUCUACAAGGGCCAAACUGAAAAGGGGAUUGACAUCGUCAUAGAUUGAAUCCUCUGAAGGAUGAAGCCCCUGAAUUGGGAUAUAGUUUUGGUCUGUUAUCUUGUCAACAAAACGUUCCACCAUACUGCACCCACUGUUAUUGUACAUACUCUAUGUUGGACAUGCAUAGCAAUAAUUUCUAAACACAUGCGUAGCCAAUGCUCCAAACAGACACAGGAUGUGUGAGGCAGCCAUCCCACGCAAAUGUAGUUGUUAAAAAUAAAUGCAUCUCCAGCCGUACAUGAGUGUUGCUAGAUGUUACUGUGUGGAUGUACUAUUUAACAAUUCAAAACAUAGCUUUUUUGUUACAGUAAGUUUAAGUCAUUUAUGACAUGAAAUUGUGGCCUUUUUAUUAGGAGUAGGUGAUGAUAGGUAUGGUGAUUCAUUGUACACAAUAAUGGGCAGUAUUUAUGAUACAGGUAUUUUAUUUUUUAGUAUUUGAAAUACAAAAUAGUAUUUUGUUAAUUUGUAUGUGAUAGGUUUGAUGAAAAUGGAUUCAUAUUUUGUAUCUAAAUACUUUAGUGUUUUGCAUUUUUGUAGUUUAAAAAUACUGUAAAAUACUUUUUGUGAGACGUGUACGCGAUGACGUCAUAAAAAUGAAAAUCAAAGCA